AUGCAUGGUGCUGUCGGCAUGGGACUGCCGGAGGCCUCGGCCAGUGAGGAGGCAACCAGUGCUGCUGCAGAUGGCUGCGGCGCGGCGGACUCGCGGCUCGAAUCAUGGUUGCAUCCCAAGGAGAACGCGCAAGCGCAUAUAUGCCCGCCCUCGGUGGCGUUACGUCCCGUGCCUAGUAAAAAGAAAGAAAAGAAAAACCCGCUCUCCGGAAAGCCUGUCGUGCCGGACGGCACGCCACUCCUGCGCUGCUGCCCACCCUCGCGCACUUCGCCGGUGAUUGCGGAUGCCGCCUGCGCCGUGCUGGGUUGUGUCCUGCUCGGUUUCAGCGGCGACGGCGAGCGACUAAUCUCCUAUUCGCAUGGCGCCGCCGACGCCGCUUCUGCCACCAAGCACGAGAACCUCACAACAUCCGCGGCCGCCAUGAGGGACGGCAUCUGGGGGCAGGUCUGGGCCUUCCGUCCUGGCCAACCGCUCUCGCUGCUGCUCGAGGCUCCGCUCUUCGUGUCGCGGGCGGGCGCGUCUGAGAUGCGCUUCUCCUGCUUCGAGGCGGGAACGGGCGCUGCCGCAGCGCUGGUCUUUCACGCCUCCGAGGCGCUGGCCAGCCCGGACGCGACCGAGGCAGAGCUCGGCUCGCGCCGAUUUGAGCGCCUCUGCUCGCUGCGGCUGCUGCACGCCACGCGGGCGCCGCUCGACGCGCCGCCGCGCUACUUGCACGCCGAGCUCUCGCGAGCGCGCGCGCUGCAACCCCCGCUGGCGGCGCGUCACCGCGGCGCUUGCGUCGGCCACACGGCGCGAGGCAACAGCGGAGGCGUCCUCUCAAAUGCGUCCGUCGAGACGGGCAUCUCUCUCGAGGCGCUGCGCCACCCGACGAUGCCGCUGGCCCUGUCUAAUCUGUAA